GCCUCCGUCUACGUGCUCUCAAAGCCUCAUCUGCUUGCCCGGCCUGGUCAAAGAAAUAAAGAAACGGAACAACGCAUUAUUUUCUUGCUUUCGAUUCGGAACAGAAAGUUAAAGGGAAGAAAAAGCACUCAAUUAGCUAUUUGCCUCGUUCUCAUCCUUAUUUCCAUCUUUACUCGGGGCCGCUUGCCCUUUUUAUCUCUUUUUCCGGCGCCUAUCUGGGAUUCGUUUUUAUGGAUUCCCCCUUUUCUCUUUUGGGUAAUCCUUCUUUUCUUUGAUCCAACUCCCUUCUGCUUUUGCUCACUAUUCUUGUUUUCUGUUUCCCGGCUCUUCAAGGUUUCUUGAUAUACGAUGGACUGAAUUUUAUUUGCAGCAUCCAUUCGUGUAUUUAGUAUUUCACGUUGAGUCUUCAUUCCAUGUUCAAUUUCUGAGGCAAGUUUCGGUGAGAGAGGGGGGUAAAUUUCUGAACCAUGUAUUUUAAUUAACAACCCUUAUAAGUCUCCAAUCGAAGCCAGGAUUCAGGUGGAUCGACCCAACUGAUCGGCUGCAUGUCAUUGAUUUUGGGUUGUUAGGUUCUCUGUCCGAAUAUUAAAGUCCUCCUCAACAAAAGCUUGAUUCCACUACUGCCAAUCUUGCACAGUUAUGUUUGGUAAAAGUUUACCCAUCUUUCUGUUUACUUGAUGCGACACUUUUGUUGGUACCACAGGUUAAACUGACGCAGGCAUGGCUCUUGACGGAAGAGUUAACCCAGAUUGUUCAUAUGCGGCAAAUCCAUACCAUGAAUGCACUGAAACUUGCUUGAGAAAGAUCAGGGAGGCCCCGCCACAGAACAAUAAAAAGAGUUCAGGAGUCAUUCCUUUGAAGUUUGGAUGGAAAAAGAAGCUAGAUUCCAAGCCACAACCUCCUGUUAUAGACAGAACUCCAGCUUCGAAAGUCAGGGCAAGUUAUCCCUCUGAAAAGAAAAAGGCGGAGACAAAAUCCAAUGAGCGCAUUUCUUCUGAGCCAGUUUCUACAAAAAAACAUAUCCAAGAUGUGAUGCCUAUCUAUCAAAAAGAUCAAGCAAAGGAUGGAGUUGAGCAGUUUGGCAAUAAUCACACCCAAACAAAUCAAGAAGAUGAAAGAAAAGCUCUGGAUAAAGUUGUUCCAUGUGCCUAUGCUGAUGAUACAGGCGAACGUCUUUCUGCUUCAGCUGGUAGGUUAUUGGAUUUUAGUUUCUCAGGUGUUAGUCUGACUAACGGUGAUGAAGAUAGCGAGGGAGAGACGGAGUCUGUUGCUUCUGAACCCCGUCUUCCUGUCGGAGGGUACCGUGUAAGGGAAAGCUAUGCUCCUAUUUUGCGCUCUAUUCUAAACAAGUAUGAGGAUAUAGGAGAGAGCGUUCAAUUAGAAUCAGCUGUCAUGCGCACAUAUUACAUGGAAUGUGUAUGCUUUGUUGUGCGAGAGUUACAGACCACCUCAAUAACGGAGUUCACAAAAUCCAAAGUCAAAGAACUGAUGGCUAUCCUUAAGGAUGUCGAAUCUGCUCAAAUUCAAGUAGCCUGGUUGCGAAGCAUACUCAAUGAAGUUGCUGAAUAUAUUGAACUGAUCAAUAGGCAUCAAGCCACGGAGAUGGCCAAGGCCCACUCUGACAGUGAAAUAGAAUCAUUGAGGGAGGAGCUUGAAUCAGAAUCGAAAACAUUGGCUCAGAAAGAGCAGGAGGUUGCUGCUAUCAAAAACCGAAUUGCUGAGACCCGAGAUCGGUUGAGGGAGCUGGAGUUGAGGUCUUGUGAAUUGGACAAGAGCAUGUCGAUGAUCAAGUCCAAGGUUGAUAGUCUGGAUGGCAGAUCCUUGAUCGAAGAUCUAUUGUAGUAGAAAUUGCAUAUGAAUCGUGUUUGAUUGCGUUGGACUGGUAGAUCAUUAAUGAAUCAUAGGACGCAUGUAAGCGCUAUUUUGCAGUUGGUCAAACGCAUGAUUUACGCGUUUAGGUAAUAUUGUAAGAUUUUCACGUUAUAUUGGGGGUGAUUGCCGUGGGGUCAAUCAGUAAUCACGUAGAUAUGGUUUGAAUUUGGCGUAGUAUUUGUAAAACUAGAUUGAAUAAUAUAGGCUACUUAAGUGUUUCUUA